AUGUCCACCCGCAAGAGGAACGAUUUCCUCGACAUUGGCGCCAGCGACGACGAAGCCAGCGAUCGCGGAUAUGACUCCGAGGCCGCAGAGGAAAGCAAGGGUCGCAUUGCGAAGCGGAGACGGACGCAGCAGACAGAUGAUCUCUUAGGGAACGAUUCGGAAGAGUCAGAUAUCGAGGGAUCGGAAGACGAGGACGAAAAACUGUCGGCCGCCAAGACGAAGGGCAAGGGAAAGAAGAAGACUACGAAAGCUGCAUCGAAGCGCGACGAAGACGCCGAAGACGACGAUGACAACGAGGCGGAAGACAACGAGGAAGAACCCGGUGACCAAUAUCUCGAGCUAGCGGACGACGACAACGACGCCGACGCAGCCAGCGCCAAGGCUUCGAAAAGCAAGAAAACAGCCUCGGACAAAGGCAAACCAGCUACGAAGGAGAAAAAGAAAAAGAAGCCGGGCGUCGUCUACCUCUCUUCGCUUCCGCCCUACAUGAAACCCUUCGCGCUGAAAUCGCUCUUCGAGACGCGCGGAUUCGGACCCAUUACGAAAGUGUUCCUUUCGCCGGAAGUGAGACCUGCGUCUGCGCCGCGCCGACGCUCCAAUAAGCGGAAGACCUACUCAGACGGAUGGGUGGAGUUCGCAUCGAAGAAGACGGCCAAGAUCUGCGCGGAGACGAUGAACGCCUCGAUCAUAGGCGGGCGCAAAGGCAGUUGGUACCAUGAUGACAUUUUGAACGUCAAAUACCUCACCGGGCUUCGUUGGGAUGACCUGGUGGAUCAGAUUCAGCGAGAGAGGAAGGAGAGGGAGGCGAGACAGCGGAUCGAAGAUGCGCGGACGCGCAAGGAGGAUCAAGUGUUCUUGCAGGGAGUGGAGCAGGGCAAGGUGUUGGACGGGAUGCAGAAGAAGAACGAGGAUAAGAGGAAGAGGACGUUGCAGCAGGCUGAUGAGGAUAAGGGCAAACAGGACCGAGGCGAGGAUGUUAAGAUCAGGAGGCUGUUCAAGCAGAAUGAGGUUAAAUUGGGACGUGAUAAGAUACAGGAUCACGGUCCACUGGCGGAGGAUGCGAAGAAGCUUCCCCUCACCAUGAAUCGUGUGAUCUUACGGCAGCCUUGGAGCCGCCCAGAGGUCAUUCGCUCGAUAUAUACUCCUGGCGCCUCCAUAUCCCGCCGGACGUUUCCUGCGCAUUCGAUCUACAAAACCAAUGGCCGGAACUUUGCCUCAGUCUCGCGUUGGCACAACAAACAGUCCCCUGAAACCCCUCCCGCAUCUACAGCCGAACUGGAUGGAGCCAGCAAUGUGAAACUGGAAAGCGAGACGGCCAAUUCUUCCAGCCAUGUCCCGUGGUAUCUACAGGAAGCAUCACCAGUCUCCGAGUCGCAGCAAACAUCGUCUCGGGACCAACUCCCGGAUCUCCCAGAGCAUUCCCCGGAAAUCCUCCCCGUUCUUCUGGACUAUGUUUUCAAGGAUCUCGGAUUGGACAAUUUGAACCUGAUGGACCUGCGGCCCUUGGAAACGCCACCUCCACUAGGUGCCAAUGUCAUAAUGAUCAUCGGAACCGCACGUAGUGUGAAGCAUCUGAACGUCUCGGCAGAUCGCCUUUGUCGGUGGUUGAGAAGUACUUGGAAGCUAUCUCCGUAUGCCGACGGACUGCUGGGUCGAAAUGAACUCAAGAUCAAGCUGCGACGCAAAGCUCGCCGAGCCCGCAUUGCAAGCCAGUCAGGGACAUUGGUCGAUGAAAAGGACGACGGCAUUACCACGGGAUGGAUUUGCGUCAACGCAGGCGUUGUUGAGAAGAGUCCCGCACCGGAACCAGCAGCCCAGAACUUCGAAGGAUUCGGCACCGUCGUAGGAGGCACGCGCGUCGUGGUCCAGAUGUUCACCGAGGAGAAGAGAGCCGAAGUCGAUCUGGAAGGCCUAUGGCAGAAGACAUUGGACCGUUCCGAGCGGGCGAAAAUGAAGUAUGCCGAGGCCAACCCCUCUGCGCCUCCUCAAGAGGUUCGUUUUUCCACUUCGACGAAUACAUCACCGUCACCUUCUGACCACGAUUAUGGACAUCCCACCAGGACCCCAGCGAAUCUCCCGUUCGAACAGAGGAGACGGAUCCACAGCGGCCGUCCGCGGAUCAUGCUCCAGGCCACGCGAAGCACCGCUAACACACCCAUUCUCUCACCUUUUCGGUCAUCCAUCCACGGUCAUGCCACCGCUGAGAACCCUCGAAGUAAGAUUGUAGAUUCUUUGCUUCAGUACCUUGCGGACUUGCCGGACGAGCAACUCCAAAAGGACCUGGGAGAAGGCCCGGGUGAUACCUCCACGCCUUUCUUGCAAUUGUUUCAUGGCCAUCUCUCUGGCGUUUCGGUGGAAGAAGAAGCCGCAGCCAAAUUAAAGCUCCACUGUUUUGCAAUCAAUCGAUACCACCCAGGGUAUAGCAAGCAGAGCUUGCUCAAGGCCUUUGAGUACUAUACCGCCCUGAGCUGUCCAAUUUCCGAUGACCUUACCUAUGAGAUCAUUACGGCCCUGCUAUCUGGCCGGCCCACGGACGAGUCAGAGAAUGGAGCCCAGAAGACGUUGUCAACAGAGGAUAUCGAGCUGGCCAUGGAUGUCUUGGAAAUCCUCUGCACCCAAGGCGCGAACAUGAUCAACCUGAGAAUGUUCAACAUCAUCUACAAAGCCGCGAUGAUCAUCCCAGACCGGAUCCCUCUAGAAAAUGAACGUCUACUAGCAUCCGGGGACGAGGAGAUGGACAAUGCCCUUUACCGAGUCACGCGCAUGAUCGACGCCUUCGACUUCCCCUUCGACCCCGAGCAAACCCGCAUCCACAUGUUCCUGCGCUUCCAAGCCAAAGACUACGACGGAUUCUGGAAAAUGUGGCACAACCUUCCGAUCAUGGACUACUCGCGCACUGCGGCGGACUACGAAAUGCUCUUCAAGUUACACGCGGACCUGGGACAGGUGGGACGGGCGGAGUCAUGCCUGACGGCUUGGGUCCCGAUGAUCGAGAGAGAGGCGCAGCCGAUCUUGUUGAGCGGAAAGCUUUUGGACCACGUCCUGGCCUGUAUCUAUCUGGUGGAUCCGGAGGUUGAAGCGCAUGCUCAAGAAAAAGUUAACAGCCACAUGGUUCGCCUCUGGACUGACUGUCAGCAACGAGGUGCCGGCUACCGACCAGGAUACUGA